ACAUCCCAAAGUGGAUUUCAGAAUCUCAUCUCCAUCUCCAUUAUCCAACACCAUCAACAUCUUCCAACUAUAAUUUUUUUUUAAAAGAUUUUCAGAUUUCUUAGAGAGAGAAAAAGAUUUCAUUUUAAUCAUUUUAUGCUAAAUAAAAAGAAAUUAUUUUUUUAAAAAAAUAAAGCGGUGCCAGAUGGAUAUAGUAGAAUCAAAAAACAACCCAACAUGUUACACUGUCACAUAUAUUUAAAGUUUUGACACCUACGUUAAAGAGUUCCCUUUCUCUUUUUUUUUUCACUCUCUCUUCCGUUUUCUUCUCUUUUUUCUUCGAUGGAAACAAACGCUGUCGUUUCAAUUGGUGUUGAAGAUGAAGAGGUUCAUGUUUUGGCCGUUGAUGAUAGUUUAGUUGAUCGGAAAGUCAUUGAACGGUUGCUCAAAAUUUCAGCUUGUAAAGUUACUGCUGUGGAUAGUGGAAUCAGAGCACUACAAUUUCUGGGAUUGGAUGAAGCUGAUGGUUUUGUCCCGGGUUUGAAGGUGGAUCUAGUCAUUACAGAUUAUUGCAUGCCUGGAAUGAAUGGUUAUGAGUUGCUUAAGAAAAUCAAGCAGGAAUCGUCCACUUUCAGAGAAAUUCCUGUAGUUAUUAUGUCUUCUGAAAACAUUUUGCCACGUAUAGACAGAUGUUUGGAGGAAGGUGCAGAGGAUUUUAUAGUGAAGCCAGUGAAAUUAUCUGACGUAAAACGUUUGAAAGGUUACAUGACAACGAGAGAAAUCCAAAACAGAGAAAUUAACGUUAAUGUUAACGGUAACGUUGAAGGUAACGAUGGAGUGGUAAUCAACAACAAAAGGAAACUAGAGGAAGCCUCUGAUGAGUUUUCAUCAGAACCGUCCAUUUCAUCAUCGUCGGUAUCACCUUCAUCAUCUCCUUUGUCUUCUUCACCCGAUGUGCUUGAUUCUCCGAUCCGACGGCUUAAAAUGACCGACACUGAAUGACUAUUUGGACUGUCAUAUAGGAUAUUAUUAUUACUUUUUUUAUUGACCUUUGAACAUUUUUUGUUUACUUUUUCUUUUUUUAAUGUUUAAACUGCAAUUACAUACCUGUUUUUUGUAAACGGUUUUUGUUGCACUGCACUGUUCUUAAUUAUUUUAUCUUCGGGUUAA